CUGUUGCUUUUCCUGGGCAGGGCCUGCUUGCUCCAGCUCUCAAGUCUGACUUGCAUCUACGCUGUGGGCAAGAUGCGGCUGCGAGACCGCAUCGCCACAUUCUUCUUCCCAAAAGGCAUGAUGCUCACCACGGCUGCACUGAUGCUCUUCUUCUUACACCUGGGCAUCUUCAUCAGCGACGUGCACAACUUCUGCAUCACCCACCACUACGAACGCAUGAGCUUUCAUUACACGGUUGUCCUGAUGUUCUCCCAGGUGAUCAGCAUCUGCUGGGCCGCCAUGGGGUCACUCUAUGCUGAGAUGACAGAAAACAAGUACAUCCGCUGCUCUGCCCUGACCAUCCUGAGUGAGUGGCGGGAGGGGGAGGGUGCAAGGGGGAGCGGGGAGCUUUGGAACCCUGAGAUAUGGCAAGGAGUAGCCAGGGAAGGGUACUGGGGCUCAUGGGGGGCUCUCUCCUCCACCCAGUGCUCAACGGAGCCAUGUUCUUCAACCGCCUGUCCUUGGAGUUUCUGGCCAUCGAGUACCGGGAGGAGAACCACUGAGGCCUGGGGAGUCGGAACAGGGCUGAGGAGGCUGAACGAAAAGGCUGCCUCGGGUGUUUUAAUAAAGUUGUUGUUUAUUUCCACCUGCCAGCUCCUUCAUGGGGCAAGGGGUGGGAGGCUGGAGACCCGGGAGGAAAGCAAGUCAAGACAAAUGCUUGACCCGCGGGGACUCCAGGCCCAGCCUGCAACCACUCUGGUGGACUCGGCUUUGGGUCCAGGGUCUUAGUGUCUUAGGCUUGACGGAGAGGGGCAGUGAAGA